AUGGGGGUGUUGGUGGGUUUUGUAAUAGGUAGUGGCAAUGGUUUCUGUCACAGUGGUGGCGGUGGUUUCUAUCAAAGGUGGAUAUGUGGGUUACUGGUGGUUUUUAGGUGCUGGAUUGGCAGUGAUUUUGGGAGCAGAAAAUGUAUGGUGAUUGCUAGAAAUCAUUUUAGAGGUUGGAAAUUGCACGGAGUAGCUAGAAAUUGCAUGGAAAUUGCUGGCAGUGGUUUGGGUUUGGGGGUUGGAAGUGGCAUGGGAGAUGUUUUGGCCCGAUGUUAUCGGAAUCGGACCGGUCAUCGAACCGGCUAG